AUGCGAUCUGUUUUAUCUUUUGAGAAAUUAGAUAGUAUUGGGGAAGGAACGUAUGGUAUUGUUUCCAAAGGAAGAGAUAAGGAAACAGGGAGGAUAGUAGCUUUGAAAAAAGUUAAAAUUGGUCAACAAGAUAAAGAUGGAAUACCAUUGACUUCUUUAAGAGAAAUUCAAAUUUUAAAAGAAAUAAAACAUCCAAAUAUAGUUUCAUUAUUAGAAGUUGUAAUUGGAUCUACUGGUGAUAAAAUAUAUUUAGUUUUUGAAUAUUUAGAACAUGAUGUUGCAUCACUAAUCGAUAAUAUAAAUAAACCAUUCAAACUAUCAGAAAUUAAAUGUUUUUUACUUCAAUUAUUAAGAGCUGUAGAAUAUUUACAUUCCCAUUGGAUAAUUCAUAGAGAUUUAAAAUGUAGUAAUUUAUUAUAUGGAAAUAAUGGUAAUUUAAAAUUAGCAGAUUUUGGAUUAGCAAGAAAAUUUGGAUACCCAAUUGAAUCAAUUACUCCAUGUAUGGUAACAUUAUGGUAUCGUUCACCUGAACUAUUAUUAGGUUGUCAAAAAUAUUCAACAGCAGUUGAUUUAUGGUCAAUUGGUAGUAUAUUUGGUGAAUUAUUAAUUGGUAGACCAUUAAUUACUGGUAAUAAUGAAGUGGAUCAAAUUAUGCGUAUAUUUAAUUUAUUGGGUGAACCAAAUGAACAAAUUUGGCCAGGAUUUUCAUCAUUACCAAACUUUAAACGAUUAAAUAAUAUUCCUCAUCAACCAUAUAAUAAUCUUAGAGAAUUAGUACCAACAAUAUCUGAUACUGCUUUUGACCUUUUAAAUCAAUUACUAACUUAUGAUCCAACAAAAAGAAUUACUGCUUCUGAUGCUAUAAAACAUCCUUUCUUUUAUGAAAAUCCAUUUCCUCAAUCCAUUGAAAUGAUGCCAAAAUUUCCAACCAUUUCCAAAUCUUUUAAAAAUCAAAAUAAAAAACAAAAUAAUAAUUUUAAUAAUUUUGUUCAAAAUAAUCAAACAAAUCAAAAUAAUCAAACAAAUCAAAAUAAUCAAACAAAUCAAAAUAAUAAAACAAGUCAAAAUAAUAAUAUGGAUAGUUACAAAUACUCAAAAUAA